CCGUGUUUAGUGUACGUUGCACCAAUACGUUUUGGAGUAUAGCAAGUUCUUGUCACUUUCGGAACUAAAAUAACUACAUUCAAUUGAUUCAAGUGGUUGUACACCACAAAAAAUUUUGGGAAUCAAAAUCGUCGCAAGUCGGAUUUGAUAAGCAAAAUGCCAUAGGGUUACGAAAAUUUUCUGUACUCUUGGGGUAAUUUCUACCUUUGGAUAUUUUGGAUUAUUUCGAAGAUGAUUUCUCAUUUAAUCGCUUUUAUUUCGUGAAAGUUGUUAUCAUGUGGGAAUUCCCUGGAGAUGAAGACAGUUGGCCAGUGCAAACGCAGGCCUCGCUGAAACUGAGCCCAUCGAUAUCACCUUCGACGGCACGGGCGACGCCACAUGACGACAACAAGAGAAACCUACCAACGUUUCGUGAUGAACACCCAAAGGAACUAGUGUUGAAUGUGCCGACGUACGACGAAGAAUGGCCAGUGAAAGAGCCGGUGCUGGACAUGGUCUACUGUUACGGCUUGGACGUUAAACGGAAAGACAAUCUACACGUUCUCUCGGAUACAACUAUUGCUUUCGUCGCUGGAGGGGUUGGGAUCAUCUAUGACCUAUACGCGAAGACUCAGUAUUUUCUUCAACCGAGUGUGGGGAACAGUACUCGACAUCUAACGGUUCAUCCAUUAAAAAUAUGUGUCGCCGCCGCAGAACAUGGACCAGUAGCGACUGUCAAUGUGUUCGAAUAUCCGUCUUUGAGAUUGGUUAGCCGGCUGCGAAGCGACGGUGACAAGGACAUCGUUGCGGUACAUUUCAACCGCGAAGGAAGCCAUAUCCUCACAGUUAAUCCGGCCCCCUCGUAUAUGCUGACUAUAUGGGACUGGGAAAACGAAACGGCAAUUGUUCGCUCGAAGGCAUCCACAAAUUAUCCCAUAAUCAGAGCAAAGUUUGCAACCUAUCAUACGGGUCUUAUUACGUCCGCUGGCAUUGAUCAUAUUAAGUUCUGGAACUAUCACAGCACAGACAGUGGAUGGGAGAUUCACUGCACUUCCGGGAAAUACGGCAGCCGGGCAACGUCCACCAUAGAGUGUUUCGUUGUGCUGGCGCUGCGAAGCGUUAUAACUGCGGCAUCAGAUGGAGCUGUAUAUAAAUGGACAGAAGGCGAGAUCGUCUGCGAAGUGCUACGCUCCGAUGAAGAGAAACUUCAUGACGGCAUCGUCACCAACAUGUCAACAUAUGGACGUAACCUGCUUACUUUGGGUACGGAUGGUUUUAUUAAGUUAUGGAGUUGGGAUCAGCUGGAAGGACCAACGGACAAAGAUGGCAUAUUUUUGGACGUGAUGCAGGAAUUUCAACUGGGCGCUCAUAAUAUUCCUGUGCACAUGGUGCAUUUUCCAGGAGAACAGGGAUCCGAUCACAAUGAAAAUUGCUGGUUGGUUCUGGACGAUCGCGGUUUGGUUUGGAAGGUAAAUUUCCAAUCCGAAGGACUUACAUCCACUCCCAGCGAACUUUUAUACGUCCCUAGUGCCCCUGUGCGCUCUGUUACGGCUGAUCACCUCAACCGUUAUUUUGCCGCCGCUGACGAAGAUGGCAAUAUCCGGGUAUAUAAUAACGAUCGUAAGGCAUGUCUGGCACAGUUGGCGGGAGAAAGGCUGGCGGCAACCGCUCUAUGCUGGAUAAACGCCAAAACUGUCAUCAGCCAGAACUCCAUCUUAACUGGAUACGCUGAUGGGACCAUCAAACUGCUAGCGUUAACCGAUAUGUGGAGCGUGGAGGGAAAUGAUAUCGACUUCUUUCUGGAAAAGACCGCGCCAGCGCUUGAAGUGGCGUUUACCAGAAACAUGCAGAGGAAUGAAAUAAACCAGUUAGCGCUGAACAGCGAUAACGGAAUCAUUGGCAGCAUAUCUACUCAGGAUUCUACUUUAUUAUUACUCCAAAUGGAAUCGAGCACCCCCAGUUAUUUUCCCAUUGCACUGUACAAAACCGAUUCUCCUUUGUACUUUUGCUGGAAGCGUUUCAACGAGCAUUUUGAGAUGUGCUGUCUACUGUCGUCGGCCACUGGACAAGUGCUUGAGUUACUACUACCCGAUAGUCAACAAGAAGAAACCUUGAAGGCUAUCGCGGAAAACGAAUCCGCUGAACUGGAAUCCGAUGUGUAUCAGAAAAGUUUGGUUUCUGUGAACGUUUUAAAUCCCAAAGUCUUUGAACUCAAGAGCAUUAAAGCGCGCCUGGAGUCAACGGAAGCUGACGUGCGAAACAAUCCAAGUAGAAUUGUGUGGGUAAUGUACGACCCACUUGACCAACACAAAUUCUGGAUGACGACAACUGAUUUUGACGCCGGGUAUCUUUACUGUUGCGCUUUUGACAAAGAAGUCCUUUGCGAACCAAUACAGGCGAUCAAAGUCGACGGUUUCCUCGAUAUAACAAUUAACUCUGCUUUGUUCCUGGACCAUGGCCAGUUAAUGCUGGUUUCGACAACCGAUGGGCAAGUGCGCAUUUUCUUGUUGCAGCAACGGUACGUGCUCGAAUCGCGUAUCUCUACUUGGGCGUUCAAGGUGCACGUUGGAGUCAUCACGGCAUUGUGUGCCGCGGCUGAUAACACACAGCUGUAUACAGCCGGUCUGGAUGGAAACAUCGUGAAUUUCCGGCUAGACGUCCCGGAUACAGCAACGGCUCUGCUGGAUCGCAGAUUCUUUCGAGACGUUUUGAGUACCUUUCGGAAUACAAAGCUGACCGAUAAAGAAGAUCGGGAACUGACCAAAUUUAUGCGAGCAGAACAGCGCUGGCGAAGCGAGGCUGAGCGCAACAAGGAAACCAUGAUGGAGGAAGUGGAGAAACUGAAGAAUGACAUCCGCGCUAUCAUUGCCGAAAAUGCAACACUUCCCAAAAACGUGCAAAUUCCGGAAAGUGACUUCGUUAUCCAUUCCGAUAUUUAUACAGCAAUGAACAACGAAUUUGAGAGGAGAUUGCGAGAUGCUCACGCCCAAAAUAUCACUGAAAGGGUCAAAGGAAGAAUAGUCAUAGAUCGUUUGCUGACUUAUCUGCGUGGAGAUUUGGAAGAAGUUCCGGAAAUUAAGGUUACCAGUUUUGGUGGGACAACGGAAAUUCCGGCAUACUGGAUACAAAAGCUGAAUUCAAACAUUGAUGAAGAGAUUAACGAAUUGGAGCAUAAAAUUAGCGAAGCAAAGGGCGCACUGGAUUGCACACAGCAUAACGUGCCGUGUAGGUUGCGGGAAGAGUUCUUCCUGGAAUCGCUAACAUCAUUUGAACUUACUGGCGCCACACACGACUCAAAUGGUGGGGAGAAGACUUUAGAAAGAAUUAAGUUCCAAGAGCACCUUGACCGCGCCAAAAUGCGACGUCAGCAAUGGCGGGCGCUGUUUAAUCGAAAGCCGAAUGUCACGGAAGAAAAUGAACUCUUUUUAGCCGAGGAAAGAAAACGUAUUUCGGGCCAAGAAUACAAAAUCAAGGAUGACGAAAACCAUGCAAUCCAGUUUAUGGCUGAAUAUUAUUCUGCGCCGGAGAUUAAGCUGCGUUUACUACAACUGAAAAAGGAAAUUCACAACCAAAAAACCCAGUUUAACAAUCGCUUACUCCAGUUACAAGAAGAAAAGGUUAACUGCAUAAGGCGCAUUAAGGAGUACGAUUUAGUUUUGGAAAAAGUGCAGAAGAAACUGACAGGGGAAAAGCGGAAGUCGUUGGGUAUUAAUCCAGAAAUGGGUACUGAACCAACAUCGCAAAAAUCUCUUCGGCCAACGUAUGAUGAAUGCCUGCAAAUCUACCAGCUACAGCAGGAAGCAGAACUUUUACGAAAACAAAAAGAAGCUGUUGAGAAAGCGGACAUUGAGAAGGAAAAUAUGGAAUUCAGUGCGGCCGGCAAGCCUCGCUUUGCGAGACUGCAGUCGUUCACGACAAGACAGAUUAGACUAUCGAUGCAAGCGGACACAGCGGAAGUGCAAGAGGAAAGUGUCUGGGAUCAUCUGGAAUAUACUGUUUCAGAAGAGGAAAAAGAAGAACAAGAGCAGCAAACGUCCCUCUUGCUUUAUGAACAAGAAAACAUCAUUAAAGCUGCAAGAGCAUUACAGGUGUUUUUCGACGGAAAGCUGAACCUGCUACGUCAUGACAAGUUCGCGCUGGAUAUCGAGCUAAAGCGCGCUGAUCUGCAUUUAUUGAUGUAUCACUGGGAAUACGAAAUCCUGAAUAAGCACGAAGACCGCGAGAAAGAGCUCAGCCGUGAGGAAGCCAAACUGCGAGAGCGCAAAUCAAUAACCGAACGCCGGCUGCGCAUGCUGGAACCAGACCUCAAUAAUCUGCAGAACAAGCUGAGAGUGUACCGCGAACGCGAGGACCGCAUCAAGCAAGAAUUCGACGCACAGCUGCGGAACGUCAUGAAUCAGCGACGGUUCCGCGGCUUUUUGACGAAUAUCUUCAACCACAAUAUUAAAGGUCACACCGUGUCCACUAGAGUCACAGCGGCUGAUGACGGGGGAUUGGCCUGCAUUUACCGCAUUGAUGAGCUAAGUGAUUCUGUCCCGGAUGCGGAAUGUAGCAUUAGCUCGUUGGAUAUCAUGGGACGACGACGUUCCUCUCUGGCGAGAUCAUCGCUACAAGCCAGAUGGGCGAAACGAGCGCUACGUGCCAGCCGGCACAGCAGCGCGCCGAAAUCUAAAUCCAGCUUACUCGAUUUCAACCCAGAGGAGAUUUUGGUCUGUCCUCGAGACUUAGACAAAAAGGUCUUCCAAGCUAUGCACAAUAUUAAUCGACAACACCAGCGCGUCCGCAGAGAUAUUGACGACGAAAUCGAUCGCAAUCGCGAAAUCAUGGAGAUUUCAUUCGAGGCACGGGAAGAACUCGAAUUUAUUCAGUUCUUCCUGUCGGAAGUUAGCGCGUCUCUGCACGCUCUACGUCUGGAGAAGUUUAACAGUUGGAAAGAUCUGCCAUUCGCGAUUGUUGUUCGGUUAGACCAAGUCCGGUUUGGCGGCAAUCAGGUGCUACGAAGCGACCUCUACAACGCUUUGGCGUUUGACGAAACGAAAAUCGAAGCACUAUCGACAUCUAUCGAACAAAUUCGCCAGGAAACAAUCACCGAUGAACGCACUCUAGCACAGUUACGGGAGGAAUAUGCCAAAUUAGAACGAGAACAAAUCGUGUUUUCUCAGCGCAUCGAAGAGCUAAAAACGACAUGCCGGUCGUUAAUGCUUGAGAAGUAUGGCAGCAUUGUGGAUUUGGACCAGGCUGACAACGUCCGAAAUGAUUCGCAGAUUAAAGAACUGCAGGAACAAAUAGCCACUAAUCAGAAACGGCAAGAUGCUGCGGUAGCGAUGAUGAAAAAGAGAGCGGACGCGAUAUGGAAGCAGCUGACUGCUAUUAAGUCUGCAACAACCUCUCACCUGAAAACUAUUGCACAACAAAUGUUACAGCGUGACGAACUGGCUAAACAUAUUGAUAAGCGGGCUGAACGGAUAGGUCGCGGUGUUUUGGAGAACGCCACAGCCGAGGAGAUGCGGCAGCAUGAAGCAAAGUUGAUAAUGUGGGAAACCAUGGCGCAGACUCAGCUGGCAGAAAUUGAUGCUUUGGCAACGGAGGUGGCAUUCUUCAAGAGCAAGGAUACAAACAUUGCUGUUUUGAAAGAGACGAUUGCACGAAGAUAUCGCGAGGCAAACAGUGAUAUUGAGGAAAUUUUUGCAGAACUUGGUUUACAACCUGAUUCGUGACCGGGUAGUAUCGAAACGAGACGUGCAACCUUGAAUGGACAUCUGCUUUUUUUAAAUAAUUACAUUGUACUUGUUUGAGAAGUGUUCUGCACUCUUCAAUAACAAUGGUCGCCUUUGUUAUACUGCAGCAUUUUUAAUACCAGUCGAUAAUGCAAAAUAUUGUGAAUUAAGUGUUUAUAAAUCUUAAUUAUCGUCUUAUGGACAUAGUCCCACAUACUCUGUACCUAAAAUAAUUAUGUCAAUAUUUGUGCGUUACAAUGUGCUCCAGUCGGUAAUGUUCUACAUUCUGCUGUGUGCAUCACCAGCUUUGCUAUAAUAAUAUUGUGAUUAUACUCUUUGAUCAUAUGGUUAUUGUACUGAUGAGAUACCGGCAUCCGCUGAAUGCUGAUGCGCUUAAAAAGGACAAGUUACAUGUACGAUUAACU